AUGUUUGGGUUUGGCUAUGAUCUGUCAAGUGACAAAUACAAGGUUGUAGCAAUUGCAUUGACUAUGCUCUCACUUGACGUAUCUGAAAAGACUGAGAUGAAAGUUUAUGGCACGGGUGACAGUAGUUGGAGAAACCUUAAAGGUUUUCCUGUUCUUUGGACUUUACCUAAAGUUGGUGGAGUGUAUCGGAGUGGAACCCUUAAUUGGGUUGUUAUUAAGGGAAAAGAAACCAUUCAUUCUGAAAUCGUAAUUAUUUCUGUUGACCUGGAGAAGGAGACUUGCAGAUCACUGUUUCUUCCGGACGAUUUUUGCUUUUUUGAUACAAAUAUUGGAGUUUUUAGAGACUUGCUGUGCGUUUGGCAAGAUAACAACACCCAUCUUGGCUUAUGGCAGAUGAGGAAGUUUGGAGAUGACAAGUCUUGGAUUCAAUUAAUAAAUUUUAGUUAUUUACAUCUUAAUAUUCGUCCUUAUGAAGAAAAUUCGAUGACUUUACCAUUGUGCAUGUCUAACAAUGGAGACUUCUUCAUGCUGAAAUUCACUAGAAAUGCUGAUGAUGAAUACCAAACAAUUCUGUAUAACCAGAGGGAUG